CCGAGUUCCGGUAGGGAGGAGGGGAGCGCGGUACGGCGGGGCCGAGUUUGCGGCCUUCCCCUCCGCCGAGUUUCCCGGCACCAGUCAGAGCCCUGAUCGCUGUGCGGGGCUGUGGCGCAGCGCCGUUCUGCUUAAAGUCGUUCCCUCCUCGCUGCUGCUUUGCUUUCUUCUUUCCCCCUUAGGAGAAGCAGCUGUGCGAUCUGUUGCACGGACUUUGCAUCCUGAUGCUGUCUUGAAAGCUGGGUUUCUCACGGUGACUUCGGAAGAGUGUUCUUGCCGUCGGUUAUUUGCGCUGUUCCGAGGCUGGCACCAAUCUGUUGCUGCCCAAAGCUGAGAGUUUCUCCCCACGGCUUGUACUGCAGUGUUUGGGAGCCUUCCCGGUGCCGUGAGGACGAUCCUGUGUCACAAUGCUGCGCUACUGGGGCGAGAUCCCGGUGCCAUCCAACCAGGCCAACCGCAGCUCUUUUGACCUGCUGCAGCGGGAGUUCCGCACGGUGGAGGUGCAGGACCCUCCUUUGCACCAGCCAUCAGCCAACAAACCACGGCCCACCACCAUGCUGGAUGUCCCCUCCGAGCCCUGCAGCCUCACCAUCCACACCAUUCAGCUCAUCCAGCACAACCGGCGGCUGCGCAGCCUCAUCGCCAUGGCCCAGGCACAAAACCAGCAGCAAGCAGAGGGCAUCAAGACAGAAGACAACGAACCUCUGCCCUCUCGUCCAGCCUCGCCGCCUCUCCCCGAUGACCUGCUUCCUCUGGACAGCAAGCCCCCCAAAAUGCCAUUCCAGCUGAGGCACAGUGACCCAGAGAGUGAUUUCUACAGAGGAAAAGGGGAGCCCGUGACUGAGCUGAGUUGGUCCUCCUGUCGGCAGCUUCUCUACCAGUCAAUGGCCACUAUCCUGGCUCACACGGGCUUUGACUGUGCCAACGAGAGUGUCCUGGAGACCCUGACAGACAUAGCCCACGAGUACUGCUUGAAGUUCACCAAACUGCUACGCUUUGCUGUGGAUCGAGAAGCCCGACUGGGGCACACCCCUUUCCCAGACGUCAUGGAGCAGGUGUUUCAUGAAGUGGGCAUUGGCAGCGUGCUCUCACUGCAGAAGUUCUGGCAGCACCGCAUUAAGGAUUAUCACAGCUAUAUGCUUCAGGUUAGCAAGCAGCUCUCUGAAGAGUAUGAGAAGAUUGUCAACCCUGAAAAGGCAGCAGAAGACACAAAGCCUGUGAAGAUUAAGGAGGAGCCUGUUAGUGAUAUCACUUUCCCCAUAAGUGAGGAGCUGGAAGGAGAUCUUGCUUCUGGUGACCAGUCUUUGCCUGUUGGAGUUCUCGGAGCUCAAAGUGAGAGAUUCUCUGCAAAUUUGGAAGUAGAAGCUUCCCCACAGACUUCAGGGGCUGAGGUAAAUGCUUCCCCACUCUGGAACUUGGCACAGGUGAAAAUGGAGCCACAGGAAAAUGAGGAGGCCAAUGUACAUGGCCAUGGAGUCCUAGGCAGUGAUGUCUUUGAGGAGCCUAUGUCAGGCAUGAGCGAAGCUGGGAUAGCACAGAGUCCCAAUGGUUCUGAGAGCAGCUAUGGUUCUCAUUCUGCUGACAGUCUGAUGGGAUCCUCACCUGUCUUCAACCAGCGCUGCAAGAAAAAGAUGAAGAAGAUGUGAAGAGAGGGGGCCUUUUUAUUUAGUUCUGAUGGACUUGAAACAAACCAAGAGAGUUCUAUGAUGGCUGUGAUGUAUAAAUGGGGCUGGCCCUGGUGUAUGAGGAGGCUUGCAUGAAAUUGUUAUGAGAGAUUUGAUGUGUAGUGCACUUCAUCUCCCCUCAUAGCUGGCUUCUGUGCUCCAUCCUGCCUGACUCAUGAGACUGAAGACAACUGGAUGCAUUUGAUGGUGUCAUGGCUUGCUUUGGCAGACUAAUGAGGAAGUAACAAGUGGAAAACAGCCGUGAGGAGAUUUGUUAAGUCACAGAAUCAUUGAAUAAUUUGGGUUGGAGCUUUCUAGUCCAGCCAAGGCAAAUAGAACAGGUUUUCCAGGGCCUUGUCUCGUUGAGUUUUGAAUAUCUGCAAGAAUGGUGAGUGAAAAAAGAUGGUGAAUGCUCUCUUGGCAACAUUUGCCAGCAUUUGACUACCCUCAUAGGAAAAAGAUUAUUCUUACAUCCGCUGGAAUUUUCAUGUUUCAACUUGUGUUCAUUGUUUCAUUUUCUAUCACUGUUCAUCUCUGAGUUCCGUCUGACUUUGUCUUCUCUAAUCUGCAUAUGAAGUGGUUGUAGACAAUGAGAUCUCUCCUUAGCUUUUCCUCUUCUUAUAUCUGUAAAAACCAAGCUCCCUCAGCCUCUCCUUGCCUUGUGCUACAGUCCCCUACCCAUCUCAGUGACUUUCCAACAAAAUUGCUGCAGUGCCCUUAUUGUAAUAGGAACCGUGGAAGUGGAUAACAUCCUCCAGAUAAGGUCUCACAAAUACAAUAUAGAGAGAAAUAAUAAUUUCAACAUUCUGGCCACACAACUGCCAACUGUUGCAGGCAGCAAGACAGUCUCAAGUUGAGUAAUUUUACUGGGGGAGAGCCUUCACUGAUGAUGAUGGUCUAGCAAAGAUGCUGGAGUGUGGCCUUACGGUGCCAUCAGCUAGCUCCUUUGGUGCCUUCAGGUCCAUCUUGUCUGUUUACAUGGACUUGAGAACAUCUAGCUGGCUGAAGUUCCUGCUAACUCAUUCUUCCUUUGCUCUACAUAAUACCUUGUCCCCUUGCACUCUUCUAGUAGACCCAGGGGGGCAGACCUAAAUAGUGAAAAUGUAUACUUGUGUUGAGUACAUCAGUCUCAAAUUGCAGCCUUUGUUUCCAGGUUGUCGAACAGCAAACCUGCAUUUUCUUCAACCUUUCUUUUGCUUCCGUUGCACGUAGAAAAGCCCUUCUUCAUAUUUCUGUGUGUUUCAACUCCAGCUGAACUUUGCCUUCCCUAAUUCUCUCCCUUCAUGCUUGGACUGUGUCUUUACAUCCCUCCUGGCCAGCCUAUUCUCAUUCCCAUUUCUGUGUACAUUUCUGUGUACAUUUCUGUGUA